CUUCAUUCUUCAACACCUUGCCCUUCAUGGCAUGACAACAACUAACUAGCAGAGGGGAUUGCACCGAAGGGUAGAUCACUGAGAGUGAGGUUUUUGUGAACUCUUUGACUUGAGGACAGUUAUGGAGCUGGCACGUGGCUGCCUACAGUGCAGUACCUGAUGGCCAGACGAGGACCUUUACGUUACUUCUUUUGUGGCUGUAUCGCGACGUCGCUGACAUGGGCAGUCAUCUUGAUGCUGUACUGGAAUGGAGAUGUACAGAGUGGGAACACAGCAGUGCCACAGGAGGGGAAGUCAUAUGGAGGGAGGAUUCGGUUCCAGCCCAGAAGACCACGUGUACAAGUGGAAGAGGAGGAGGAGGGAGACAGAAGGCUGACCUUCAAGAGUCAUCAGGGUGCACACACCACAAAAGUGGACCUGCCUCUUUCUGAACUAGGUCUGAUAAAGUCCCCAGAAGACCAGGAGACUCGUGACAUGGGCUACAGGAGACACGCCUUCAACCUUCUCAUUAGUGAUCGCAUUGGCUUCCACAGGAACAUUCCAGACACAAGGAAUGACAAGUGCAGAGGAAAGUCUUAUCCCUCCAGCCUGCCAAAGGCAAGUGUUGUCAUCUGCUUCUUCAACGAGGCGUGGUCCACCCUGCUGAGGACCGUACACAGCGUGCUGGAUCGCACACCCCGGGAUCUACUACAGGAGAUCAUCCUUAUCGACGACUUCAGUGAUCAAAGUCACCUGAAGGAGGAGUUGGAAGAGUACAUCAGAGACCACCUUCCCAUGGUGCAACUGUACAGGACUGACAAACGGGAGGGGCUCAUCAGGGCAAGGGUCAAAGGAGCGACACAUGCAUCAGGAGAUGUCCUGAUGUUUCUGGACAGUCACUGCGAGGUCAGUAAACAAUGGCUGGAACCAUUGCUCGCCCGUAUCGCGGAGGACCGCACGCGCGUGGUGUGUCCUAUCAUCGACAUCAUCAACUCAGACACGUUUGAGUACACGGCCUCUCCGCUAGUGAGGGGAGGGUUCAACUGGGGCCUGCACUUCAAGUGGGACCAGGUGCCACAGCAGUUACUACAGGGGCCUGAUGGUGCUGCAUCUCCUAUCAAUUCCCCAACCAUGGCAGGAGGUCUGUUUGCCAUUGACAGGGAGUAUUUUGAUGAGAUGGGGAGAUAUGAUGAGGGCAUGGACAUCUGGGGAGGGGAGAACUUAGAGAUUUCCUUCAGAAUAUGGAUGUGUGGCGGAACGUUAGAAAUCAUCCCCUGCUCCAGAGUGGGGCACGUUUUCCGCAAGCGCCGGCCGUACGGAUCGCCCAAUGGAGAGGAUACCAUGUCGAAAAACUCCCUCCGACUGGCACAUGUGUGGAUGGAUGAGUAUAAGGAGCAGUAUUUUUCCCUCCGUCCAGAGAUGAAGUCUCGACCAUACGGUGACAUCAGUGACAGGUUAAAACUCAGGGAGAAGCUGAACUGUCACUCCUUCAAAUGGUACCUGGACAACAUCUAUCCUGAGCUGUUUGUACCAGCUGCAGGUCGUCAGAAGGAGGUGAGAAUGGCGAAUCCUUGGGGAGUGAAACAAGUCGGUGUGGGGCAGCUACCACCCCGACCUAAGGUCAUCAAAAAGGGACAUAUCAAGCAUAUGGACUCAGGGUUGUGUCUGAUAUCCCAGAAUGGACCCAAUGAGAAGGGAUCACUUGUCGUAGUGAGCGACUGUUUAUCUGAAGACAAGAAUCAGGUCUGGUACCUGACAGAUCAGGAUGAACUGCAGCUGACAGGUCUACUGUGUUUAGACGUGAACGAAAACGACCCCAAGUCCUUCCCCCGUAUCAUGAAGUGUCAUGGAACCAGCGGCGGCCAGCAGUGGAAGUUUGCAGAAGAUAGUGGCAGACUGUACCAGCCGUCAGCCGGCAUGUGUCUGGAGUUCCAGUCUUCUGGUAAAGGUUACGUCCACAUGUCCAUCUGUGAUGACUCCCCAGCACAGCAGUGGAGAUACAUACUGCUAUAGAAGCUGUGGUGGAAGGUCUCUAUUCUUUUAGAAAAAAAUCCAUGAAAAGUUGAGGAAUAUAUUGUGAUAGGGAAAUGUUGUGGAAGAUUCCAUGUGGUGCUAUGCUAUAUGAAAGAUAUCAGUCCAUUUAAUGGGCUACAGGGAGAGCCUUAAGAGCCAUUUCUGUAAUCCAGUGGAUGGGAAAGGUCAGUAGGUAAUUCUAAAGACUAGGUAUUAGACUUCAGUAAUAGAUAUGUACAUAGUGUGUUGCACUGUGAACUGCAAAAUCGUCAUUGCCAGCAGCCAGUAGUAGUGCUGCAUACCGGUUCACUGGACUUGGAUCUGGACUUGUAAGAAUGUUUAGGUUCAAGUCCAAAAAAACCUAAAAAAAGUCAAGAACCGAGUCCGGA